CUCCCUGCCAGCUGCAGUCGGUCCUGCGUUGUUCUCCUUCAGGACUCUUUCAGCCGGUUCAGUGUGACUCCAGCAGGGGGCAGUGUUGGUGUGUGGACCAGGACGGCAUGGAGCUCUACGGGACCAGACAGAACGGGACUCCUCGCCGCUGUCCUGGCGGCUGUGAGGUGAGGUCCAGGCGUCUGCUCCACGGCUCCGGGUCUCCUUCUCCUCCUCAGUGCGCCGAAGACGGCGGCUUCCUGCCGGUCCAGUGUCGGUUCAUCAACAUGACCGACAGAGCAGAGCUGGACCUGCUGCACACCUUCAACAGGUUCCCAGAAGCCUUUGAGACGUUCAGUAGUUUCAGGAAGUUUUUCCCGACGGUUUCCUCGUACUGCUUCUGUUCUGACAGCAGAGGCAGAGAGCUGGACAACACAGGUGUGGAGCUCCUCCUGUCUGAGGUCUACGACUCGGCCUUCUCCGGUCUUCGGUCCGGUCGCUCCUUCUCUCAGACCAACAUCUACAGAGUCCUGCGGAGGAGGAUGCUGGGAGUCCGGCUCGCCCUCACCGGACACUUCAGAUGUCCGUCUCCCUGUGAGGAGGAGCGGCGGGCAGCGAUGGAGGCGUCCAGCGUCUUCGUCCCGUCCUGUGAGACCGGAGGAGCCUUCGCCUCCAGACAGUGCCAGCAGGGGGGGCAGUGCUGGUGUGUGGACCCCACGGGGAGGGAGCUUCCUGGGACACGACAGCAGGGAGACUCCCCGGUCUGCAGUUCAGGUCUUGCCGACUGUCCCUCUCGGCGUCGCCUGGCUCUGUCGCGGCUCUUCUCCGGUCCCGUUGAUCCGCCCAUCCUGGCCUCCUCUGGCAGAUCUCCGGCCUCCUGUCUCCCCCUCCUCCGUCCUCUCGUGGAGCUCCUGCCGGUGGAGGCGGAUCCGACCUCCUUCCUGUCUCAGCUGGUCGAAGUCCUCCACGGUCUCUUCCCCUCGGUGGGCGGGGCUCUGCAGGCUCUGGCUCGCUCCUCCCCCCGUCGCCUCCAGGAGAACCUGUUCGGAGGGAAGUUCCUGAAGAACGCCGCCUCCUUUAACUUCAGCGGGGCGGUAGGAGCUCGAGGAGCCCUGGGUCUGGACCGGCUCUCCUCUCAGAGCGUCACCGUCAGCCUCCGGAAGAACCGGGACCUGGUCCUGUCUGUCAGCAGGGCUCUGGAGGACCCGGCCUUCCUCUCGGCCCUUCAACAGACACUGAAGGAGCUCAGCAGCUCGCAGUCUCUGGACCAGGUUCUGGCUCCUCUGCUGCGUUCCUGCUCCGGAGACGGGGAGGAGGACACGGCGGCCGUCUUUGUCCCGAGCUGCACGUCCAGCGGCGGUUUCCAGGAGGUCCAGUGUCUGGGUGGAGAGUGCUGGUGUGUCGACGCUCAGGGUCAGGAGGUGGCGGGGUCGCGUGUCGUCGGAAGUCGACCUCGCUGUCCGUCCCGCUGCGAGAGAGAGCGAGCGAUGGCGCUGAAGGUGAAAGGAAAGCUGGCGGCCGGGGCUGAGAUCCACGUCCCGGCGUGCUCUGAGGACGGAGACUUCCUGCCGCUGCAGUGCGUGGGACCACGCUGCUUCUGUGUGGACGCUGAGGGCAGAACAGUGUCUGCGGGGCCAGCAGGGGGCGCCGUCACCU